AUGGGUAAUUUCAAAGAAAGUGGACACAUUUUGGCCUAAAUAAAACUCUUGCAGUGUUACAAUGCCAAGUCCCUUGAACACCUUAAACUAGCACUGCAGAAAACUACUGACUGUGCUAAAAACAAAAUGAAGUGCGUGACCUAUGCAAACUUGGCCUGGGUGCAUCACCAUAUGGGGGCUGCUGCUGCAGCCAAGUCCUACUACAUCCAGAGAGUAAGGAAGACUUAUGUCACCUUCCCCGGGAGCUCACCAGCUGCUCUGGUGCGGUAGGCACUCAGUGAAAAGGCCUGGGCUAUCAUGCGCUUCUCCACUAAAGAAAGCGUCCAAGAGGCCCUGCAGAAAGAAUAGGAUGACAAGGAAUGGAAAUCAGGGUAUGCCUUUGCCCUAUACCGUCUGGAGGGCCUGGAGACUACAGAGGACACGAGGCUCCCUGUCGCAGUUUCCCCAGCUCUCAAAAAAGCCCUUGACCUAGGCAAUCCAAUGAUCCAUGGUUAUCUGGGCCUGAAGUGCUAUAAAAAAACAGAAGGAAUGCGGAAGCCUGGGGGCACAUGAGGGAAAGCCCCUGGCAUGGCACCAGACAACCUGCCUGUUGUUUUACAGGUGGCCAAGUUCCUGAAGAAAGAGCAGUCACAUGACAUGGCACUGCAUGUGCUGUUGAACCUGAAGAGGGCGCCAAACUCCCACCACUAAAUUGGCAACGAUUACCAUUGGAAAGCAAUCGGAAUGGGACAGCCCCACAACCCCAAACUCCUUACGUGGUGCAUUUUCCAUUUUGAGGAGGGAGCUUGCGGGCAAGUUUGGUGCUCGUAUGUAGAGGGGAAAAACGCAGAGGAAGCAGAAAGAAAUUUCUUGAAACUGUUUUCCCUUCCUGACCUUCAGCCUAUAGACAUCCAGGCCUGCCACUGCGACUUUAACCUGCACAGCAUGUAAGAGACCCCAUUUAGCAGGCUUGCAAGCUUUCAUCAGUGCCAAUUGUUCAAGUUUUUCAUGUAUUUUAGAUAGUUAGCUCCCUAGUUUUAAAACAAAAAGCUUCCUCGCGCUUUAAUGUGUAAUCACUUCUGAGGAUUUUAGUCAAGUAUUCAAACAGAUAUCCAUACAUUUAGGACAUGAACCAACUUAUCAUUUUAUGUGUAGCUAUAUAAUAGAUGCCAUAAUGCCAUAAAGCGACCAUUGCAUAUUUACAGCAACUGGACAUGAUAGUGAAAGUGUACAUGUAGUCUAUCUAGAUGCAGAGGUUUACCUGUUUCUCUGAUUCCUUGAGAAGUAUAGUGUGUCUAGAUGCAGAGGUUUACCUGUUUCUCUGAUUCCUUGAGAAGUAUAGUGUGUCUAGAUGCAGAGGUUUACCUGUUUCUCUGAUUCCUUGAGAAGUAUAGUGUGUCUAGAUGCAGAGGUUUACCUGUUUCUCUGAUUCCUUGAGCAGUAUAGUGUGUCUAGAUGCAGAGGUUUACCUGUUUCUCUGAUUCCUUGAGCAGUAUAGUGUAUCUAGAUGCAGAGGUUUACCUGUUUCUCUGAUUACCUGAGAAGGCUCCAGGUGUUCACUUUCAUUCCAUACCUUGUCACUGGACAAGGUGCCAUCGCAGUCUAUGUAAGAGAAUGGUUGUAGGAUUUGAAAACUCCUAAAGCCUAUUUACACUUAACAAUCACAUCCAAAGUUCUACUACACAUCAUCUACAAUGCAUCAAACACACAUUUUGAUGGCCAGUCUACCCAUUUCUCUGGUAAUACAUAGCACCAAACACUUUCUCAUUAUCCUCAUUAUAUUUGUAUGCUGACAUUACUCUACUAUUUUACUAUCUUCCUUUCCACACCCUGCAACCUGUAUGUAUGCCUGUUGUACAUCUGCCCCAUGUAAGCCAAUAGAAUGUCUGUCUGAAGUAUUUGCUUGAUUCAACAACUGCUCCAUCACCUGUCAGCUGUUAGCCAAGUUGAAUGACGGCAAGGAUGAAAGGGACACCCGCAAAUGUGUUCAAUCAGUAAGGAAGAGAAGUUUGAUAUUGAUGGUGAGGUGAUUCCUUCUC